AUGGACCAAAACCUUCGCAAAGAUCCACGUUACAAAAAAUAUGUCUCUAGCGUCGAGAAGAUUUUAUUGUUGUUUGAUAAAGAAGUGAAUGAAUGGGCGGAUUUUAUUACAUUUUUGGGAAAGCUGUUAAAGACUUUCCAAGCAAAUGCUAAGCAGUUUAAUGAAAUACCAUACAAGCUUCUUGUUGGAAAACGGCUUGCACAGUCUCUAAAUCGUGCAUUACCACAUGGUGUCCAUCAAAAAGCUUUAGAAGUGUAUGAUUGUAUCUUUCAGAGUAUAGGUGUAAGUUCUUUAAACAUUAUCGUUUAUAAAGGAUUAUUAAGAUAUUUACAAGAAGUUCCAGACGUACUUGCCGAAGAUCUAUCAAUAUAUUCACAAGGCUUAUUUCCGUUACUUCAAUAUGCUAAGUUAUCUGUCAAGCCUCAAUUACUGGAAAUAUACGAAAAACAUUAUUUUCCAUUGCAAAAGCGGCUACGCCCUGUUAUGAAAGCUUUUAUUACAGCUUUGUUGCCUGGUCUAGAUGAAGAGAACAGUGAAUUCUUUGAUAAGGUUCUAUCGCUUCUUGAUUAUCUCUCGGGGAUCGUGGAACAAUCUUAUUUUUUACAAUGCAUGUGGCUUGUCUUGAUUACUUCACCUUCUUUGCGUACGUCAGCUUUAAAUUAUUUGAAGCGUCGAAUGCCGAAAAUUACUUCCAAAGAAGAUAUGGCUUUUAUGCUGGGUGAUGAUGCCAGUCUUAUGGUGCGAGCUUUUUGCGCUACUUUAGGGGACAAAGAGACUUUGGUACAACGAAACCUCCUUAUUUUGCUCGUUGCUAACUUUCCAUUAAAAGAUAAGAACGUUGGGGACAUUAUGAAACAAGAAGACCUAAAUUUAUUAAUGAAAUCAGCGGUCUCAGUUGUUCUAAGAAAAGAUAUGUCAUUGAAUCGCUGGUUGUACGCAUGGUUAUUAGGCUCUGAUGAAAGUUCAGAGCAUCAAAUCCAGCACUUUCGGGAAUAUGGGAAAGCGGGACUUGUUACAGCACUUAAGGGCAUGUUCUUUACCAACGCGAGGGACUUGACAAGUACACAGCGCCCAUAUAAGAUAUUGAUUUCAUUGAUGGAUAAAUGGGAAAUUGGAAAUCCCGUAGUGCAAGAGAUUCUCGUGGAUAUUUUGAUAUCGUUAAAAGAUCAUAUGCAAAAGUCGGCUUUCGCUAAAGACUUAUUACAAACUGCACAAAUGUUUCUGCAAAUGAUUCCACCAUAUGUUCUUUGGAUGAAACUGCACCAUCUCGUAAAAGAACAAUUCCCUAGUUCCGAUUCACAAGCAACAAAGGCUUUAGACUUGAUUUAUUUUGUCGCGCAAGAAAUUAAGUUACACGAAGAAGAAAUUCAACAAAUACAUUUACCUUUAUUCCUGACAAUUUUAUUACACAAACUGCAAGUGCUUGCUAACAGUCCGGAAUUCACACAACAUUUUUCUCAAAUAGAGAUUGCAUUGCUAUUGGCGCAGAAUCUAAUAAAGGAAAUUCCUCAAGCUGUAUUUAAUCAGCCUGAAAGCAUUUUAAAUCUUUCAGAAGAGGACAAGAGAAGCGGAACUUUGGAGGAUGAAUCUGGAUUUGAAUUUACUGCUGGGAUGGAUCCUGUAAAGUACAUUGAUGCUUAUUAUAAUGACGAAAUUGCAAAUUUUAGAGGUAUUAGUGGGUUUGCUCUCGUGGAAGCAUUAUUGAAACCGCUUUUGGAUUUCAUCAAUUGUUUAAUUUCGCGGUGCAUAAUCGGGAAAGAUCAACAACGCGAUAAUGUCACUUUGGAUAAUAUGACUUUAAUAUUGGAUAGAAGUUGUGGGCUUUUACGAACAAUUUCCAAGCAUUUUACAAUUUCUUUAGAACAAUCUUCACAAAACUUUAUUGAAACUCGAGAUUCUUUAAUUCAAAAAAUAUUUGAUGGGGAAUGGAUUCACUCCUUACUAAAAUGCUGUUAUAGAGUUGAUAAUUUUUGCAUUAUCGACCCGGCACUUUCUACCAUAAUUGAUCUAAUUGACCGAAAAAUAAUUUCUUCAUCACUUUUGGAUCCAAAACAACAAACUCGCGUUAUUGUGGAUAAGCUGUGGUCAUUCUUGAAUCCCAACAAUGCCUUGUAUCACACACGAUGUGUGCAACUCUUGUGGAAUCUUCAGAAAAUUUCAUCUGCUAAAUAUGUCGAGACAGUCUUUUGUGAAUAUUUAACGCAUAAAGACAUUGCUGUUCGAUUGUCAUCAUAUGAGAAAUUUGGAAUAUUCUGGAGGUUAUCGGACGAUUCUUUUAAUGUCAGCAUGGCAUUUUCACAACCAAUGUUUCUUAUGCUUGAUACACUUCGUUUUGAAAACCCCACAAAUCGCCGCGCGGGAGAAACAUGGAUGAGAUCUCAACAGGACUCUUACCCGAAACUUUUGGAUCCUAUGAUCACUAUAAUUUGUAACCCGUCUAUUAUCUUUCGCAGUACAGAAAUAAUCAUUGAUAAAGAAAAAUUUGCACUUUUUCUUUACGAGCGUCCGUUCAAUCAGGCCCAAGUUAAUUAUGUUUUUGAAACCAUGGUUACAGUCUGUCGAGUAAGCGGACAGGGAUUCUUACGAGCAUUGCGAGAGUCUUACGUUAAAAAUCAAUUAUUGACUAAUUGUGGUUGGCUUUGGGGAUCUGUGUCUUCUUCGGCUAAUAUUACAUACACUGAAUUUUUUGUUAGACUGGCUCUUCGAUAUAUAGAGACCGAAAUGCCUGAAAUGUUGUCGUCUAUGAGUGUGCUAAAUGAACAUAUACACAUGCACGCAACUGAUUUGCUGAAUUUGAUUCUUACUCGACCCGAGUUCGUCGAUUCUAAUUUGGUGUCUAUGAUUUAUGAUGUCGUUUUACGAAAGAUUCUUUACAGUAUACGAACAAAAAAAUUGGAUCUACAAGCAAGACUUUUGCAUCUUUUAUUUUCGACAGUCAUAAUCAUUGGUUCUUCAAAAAUUACUAAUGGAAGAUCAUCGUCGCCAUCACCAAGCAUUUUCACUAAAAAAACAUUAUUAUCGGAACCAGCAUUCGCCGAUAGUACUACUUCACUUUCACAACACUCUCUCCACGAAGGAUCUCUAAGUAAAGACGAAAAGGAAUCAUUUCGUGUUUCUACAGCAACCAUUAGUUCUCCCUUAUAUAUCAAAGUUUUACUUCAGGCUCUAUCGGUACCUUCUAAUCGACCUUUACUACAACAAUGGAUGGACUUUAUCAUAAACACGUUUCCGUAUUUUCGGCAAUCGUUUAAUACAAUAUUACUGCCGUUAUUACAAUGUAUCUGCGAACAAUUACGAUUAUGGAAAUCUGAAAUACAAAAGCAACAUGAAAUUGUUUUUGCCGACUGCACUGAUAAUAAAAAUGCUUCGAGUAUUGACACGAAUGAAUUCACCGCAUCGGAUUGGAAUGUCAACACUUUGUUUUCAGGAUUAGAAAAAACACUGGUAUUCUGUCUAUUGGAUGGCAUAUCGAAUGGUUUAGUGGAUGAAUCCGAUAUUAGUGUAAAUGAACCUACGGCAUCUGCAGGAACAGUGUCAACUUUCGUCUUUGAUUAUGUAAAUUCGGAUCCGGAGCAAAAACCUCGAGAAUUCAUUGUUUAUCAAGUUUUUCCUUAUGUUGUUAGCAUUCUGCUUGAUAUAUGGGUCUUGUUCAGAAAAACACCAUAUUCUGAAUUAAUUCCAAACGAGACUAUCACAAAGAACACAAUUGAUAAGAUAACAGAUAACACAAAUGCUAAUCAUCCUUUUAAACUAUCUUUGUUACAAAUGAGUGAGAAGAUUAAUUUGCGUAUUAUAAAGAUAUUCGAACGAUUAUGUAAAAACAAUCGAGGAGAGCUUAUUGAAGCUUUUGUUGAACUUUGGUGCCAAGAGUAUCUUAACUCCAUCGAAAAUAAGUUUAAUAAUACAGGUGACGAAAGCUACAUUAUUCAAUUGCUCAAAUUAAUACCGAGCUAUCAACCGCAAAAAGUUAUUAGCAUAUUACUCGAAAGUAGUCGUGUACGAUCUUCUGCUGUGCAAUCGGCCUCGCGAUCAAAGAAGUCUAUAACAAAGCAGAACAAAUUAUCAGACGUUUUAAUAUUAAAAUUUCUCGAGGUUUAUACGGAUUCUCUGAGUUCGAAUAUAGAGGAGCCGCUCGUUGAUGUAUGGCAACAAUGUUUGGGUUAUGUCAAGGAUAUGUCCGCGCAGGCUACUAUUUAUAAAUAUUUGCUUCCGUCUUUACUGAGAUUCAUGACUGUAAUACUUUUAAAAUUAUCCAAAACGGAUUUCUUUAAAGAAACUCGUACUCAACGAGAAAUGCAGGAUAUUUAUCAACGCGUGCUUGAAUAUUGCAUUCAAAUUGCAGGACGUUCCUUUGACCAAUUUCUAUGGUCAAGGCGGGUAACACGUGAGGACGAAGAUACAGCAAUAUCAAUAUAUGUUGCAGAUGGAAAUGAUGAAAAGGACACCGAGUCUCCCCGUUCGAGUACUCCUUUGCAAGAUGAAAAAAAGGGAUCGGGAAAAUCAAAAGAAGAGUUAACAAUCGAGCAGGUCAAUCUAUAUCUUGCCACAUCUGUAAUUCCAAAUCUAAGGCGAUUCUUCUUGUAUGAAUCAGAUCGUGUUGUUCAGAUAUUAUCAAAUGUCAUGUAUUAUAUUAUUGCACCAGCAUUGAAAAAGCAAUAUGGUAAUGCAAUAAAUUCAAUCAUAUUAGAUAUGCUAUGUGAGAUAUCACAGAUCCCUUCCGUCUAUCCUCGAUGGCGUAAAGAAGUUUGGGACGUUUUCACCGAUAAUCGCUUCUUCAACAUGAGCUCCGCUUAUGCCAAAAAAUGGCACGAAAUAAUGAAAAUCAUUAUGAUUUCUGAAAAGGAAAGAUUCACGGAGAUACUUGCUCGGAUAUCGACAUCGCCUACAAAUACAUUAUUCACAAAUAGAGAUCAAGAAUCCUAUAACCGUGCAUUGAAUCUACGACGCCUAUCUUUUAUCUUAUAUUGUGGCAAAAUGGAUCAAUAUCUAUCCCAGUUGCCUUUGGUGCAGGAAAAAUUAGUGGAAUUGUUGAAACUGGGAUUAACUGAGAUGGUUCACGUCGAGAUAUAUCUAUGUUUACGAAUACUCAUGUGUCGCAUAACGAAUCAACAUUUGUCGAAUUUUUGGCCAGUCAUAUUAACCGAGUUGACACGUCUUUUUGAAUUCUUACAACAAGAAAUGCCACCAGAACAAGAAGUGCUCAAUGUAUUCCUGGCUGCUUGCAAAUUUUUGGAUCUUUUAUUCGUGUUGCAGACUGAUGAAUUUCAAGUGUAUGAAUGGAUGUUCAUCACAGAUACUAUUGACGUGAUUUAUCGGUCGACACCUGGGUCAUCAUAUGCACAAUUAGACAAACUCAGUGAAAAAUUAAUAGCUCAACAAAGCGGUGACUUCAAGAAUACACAAGCGAAUCAAAUCCCCAAAAAAUCGAAAAGAACCGGAUCUCCUUCACCACAACCACAACCUUCAUCUAUAUCUUCUUCAAUUUCUCAUCUCACCACUGAUGAACUUAAACGUCCAAUGCUAACAAUGCGAAUCAUAACUGACCUUGGACAAUUGGAAUUUUUCGUGCGUCACGUUAGUCUCUACGUGUAUCAAUCUACUUUUUCGCUAGCUGAACCUGAUUUAGUUUAUAUUGAAAGUUUGCUUGAAAAUGAUUUGUUGGAUGGUAGCGGUAAUUUUGUUGAAGGCAAUUAUAAUAAUAAUAAUUCAAGUGGUUCGUUGUUAUCAUGA